CGCUCCGGCGGCGGCGGUAACAGCGGUAGCAGGAGCAGCAGCAGGAGCAGCAGCGAGCAUGUCCUCGAGCAGGGCCAAGAAAGUGAAGAUGGCCACCAAGUCCUGCCCGGAGUGCGACCAGCAGGUUCCUGUUGCAUGUAAAUCAUGUCCCUGUGGCUACAUAUUUAUUAGUCGAAAACUCUUGCAUGCUAAACGUACUGAGAGAUCACCACCCAUCACAGAAAACAAGAGUGAGGCGAAAAGGAGACGGACAGAGAGAGUUAAGCGAGAGAAGAUAAAUUCUGCAGUAAAUAAAGACUUAGAAAACCGAAAAAGAUCCAGGUCGAACAGCCAUUCAGAUCAUAGCAGACGAGGAAGAGGAAGACCUAAGAGUGCCUCAGCCAAAAAGCAUGAGGAAGAAAGAGAGAAACAAGAAAAAGAAGUUGACAUGUAUGCUAACCUUUCAGAUGAAAAGGCCUUCGUAUUUUCAGUGGCCUUGGCGGAAAUAAACAGAAAAAUUAUCAAUCAAAGACUUAUUCUGUAACUUGUAAGCACAAUCUGAUGCAUUUAUAUGCAGAAUGGCUAGCAUAUUUCCAAGGUGUCGUGGACUCUCGGGAAGUGUGUUGUCUGCACCGACAAGGACCAUAGUAUUUCCUGUUAAAAGUCUGCUGCUGUUCUUGGAAAUCGAAUUCUGUCUCUACAAGUCAGAAAGAAAGUGUUCACAAGAUUGUGCUGUGAAAAAUCAGAAAGCAGAUAUGUUUUAUGCUUUGAAGACAAACGCUAGACAAAUGCACAGAGAGACUGCACCCAUUCCAGAGCACUUCCUUUAAAUUUGCUGCCAGAAAUGCAAUAUUUUAAAUAUUUUCAGAAAUAAAUGAUUUUCCUUUAAAAUUAUAUAUUUCAGAUUUUUCAGCUAUAUUGCAGUUUACCUAUGUACAGUUCACAUAACUUUUUAAUAAAUUGAUAUUCCAGUAUUUUAUUGAACUGGGAAUUAAGUACAUUUGUGGUACUUAGGGUGUGUUGGUUUUAAUCCUCUUAGAAAUGUGGUAUUAAUCCUAGGGAUGACUUUAGAUUUGCAUUUUUUUAAUAGGUGUGAUAUAAUUCUGAUAGGAAGGAAAUUAAAGCAGCUUCAUUUUGUG